AUGGUGAGCCCGGGCGGGCGCCCGCCGCCCGGGGCCGCGGGGCUGGCGCGCCGGCGGGGGCCUCCGGCCGGCUCCUCAGCGGCCGGGAGGCGGCGGGGCUCGGGAGGUGCGCGGAGGGGAGCCGGCACCGGGCGCGCGGGCUGCGCGUCUAGACCCACCCGCAGAUCAGCAUCUUCGCCGAGCCUUUUGGGGACAGUGCAGCUGUCAAUCAGCUCGCGCUUCCCGCAGGGCCUGACACUCGCUCCGGCUCUUCUCCCCGCCCCCCUCCUGGGACGAGCUCCAGGUGUGUGUGUGCAGCGUGCGCGCCCGUGUGUGCGCGCGGUGCGGGGAGCGCGCGCCGCCCCCGCCAACGGGCUAGGCCUCCGGGGGCCGCUGCCCACGCCGAGCCCCGCGCGCCACCCUCGCGCCGGGCCUGCCGCGCUCCCAGCCGCGCUCCCAUCGCCGGCACCCGGCGGGCGGGCACGUCCUGGUCUGUUAGUAGAAAGAAGUCGAGACUUCGCCGAGGCUCCCGAGACUGCGGGCCCCAGAACCGGCGCCCCCAAGGAGCCGCGUGCCUUCCUGCCUCCCCACGUGGACUUCCGCGCGCCGUUUCCCAAGGACGGCGCCCGCCCCUAG